UUCCUCCUCCUCCUCUAACGGGUCUAUGCCAUCAAUGGCCACAGCCCGAUCCUUCUCCACUUCUCAUUUGUUGCUAGUAGGUAGUUCGGGAUCGUUCUCGAGUGAGGAGCUUGACGUUGGUGCCGGCGUCUUAUUUCUAAACCGGAAUAUUUCUCUAUGACUUUACAAAGUAAUUCGGACAAGCCUAAUCUCCCAGCCAUCCCGGGCACCCAUCCGACCUUCGUCUUUGAUGACAACAACUGCUCCGAACCAACUUCGUCUGCCGCAUCCCAUACCUCUCGUCCCUUCGCACGACCGGUGCGGCAACGUCACUGUACGCUCGCUAAUGACACCGCUGCCCCUGUAACCCGUAUUUUAGAAGAGUAUUCGACGGAAAUAGGACAUUAUGGUUUGACACCUACGGUAACCCCUAAUCAACACUCGAUUUUAGGGGACCCGACAGUGCGGUCGCCAAACGAGCCAAGCGCGAGGUCGAGAAUAAAUAGGGCAAGCAAGGCAAAUACUACCGUAACUCAACAGUCGCACUGUACCACGUCGUCGCGGGGAAAAGGGAAGAGAUUAUCGGACGUUGAACCUGACGACCCGGAAACAAGCCGGCGUGCGCCGAAAAAACAGCGCGCGCGACUUACACCCCCGCGUAAAAUCGAUCUCGGUCCCUUCGCCAGGCCCACCACGUUCCCUCCGAGGCUUGCUGAUGGUCUCACAUCUCCGCUGUUCUUCUCACAUAAGGAUAGGCCACUUAUUACUAGACCCCCAAGCUUCUCCGGAUCUGAGGGAGCAACCAUGUUGAAAAAUGUGCAUGAUGGUGUGGAGGUAACGACUCUAAAGCUUGCCCGGGGUACCGUACCCUCGGCGAGUCCGGCCAGAUCCUCCAGCACGCCCGGUAGCUGGUCUUCUAUUGAAACGGGAAGUUUGGUGCGAAGUCCCGAGUCGAUGACCGCCACUCCGGGAUUACAAGCAUUACAAGGCAUCGGCGUCCUCGAAUUAUUAGAGCGUGAUGAUAGACCAACUUUCAUCGUUGACAGCUUGAAUACGGCCACCAGCAACCCUGACCCCCUCCCUAUUCUCUAUGCGAAUCCGGCGUUUCAGGUCUCCGAUACUAUUCGGCAUUUGCUUUCUGGGGAAUUCCAAGACAACGUGGAAGCGCGGGAUGAGUUUCUCAAUUUCAAGGCGUGGGUAAACACGGGUGGUAACCAUACUGACGCGCUUGAUGUCUUCUUGCCUUCGUUUCGCUAUGGUGGUUUUGGUUGGACCUGCUCAACUAUUAGGAAUAGGUUCCGUUUUAUCAGUGCGAAUAUCAGCGCAGCGUCGAUUGCGCUAGCCUCCCCCGAACCACCGUUAAAGCGAGAAUCCAGUAUCGAUUUGCAAGCUCGCGGCUUAUCACUGAAUGCUCAGGUUAAAACGCCUAGUGACAUUGUACUACCUGAUCGAGAUUACUUCGGACUUGCUAACCCCAUCGAUCCGGAAGAUCAGAUGCAGCAGGACGGAAGUAACGAUGGCGAUACCAGCUUACCCUUAUACAGCGAUGAUGGCCUAACCCCGGAAGCUAUCCCACCGCCCGUAGUGCAGCAUUCUUUCGACUGGACUCAGAUACCUUUUACUGAGGAUCUCCCGGGGCACAUAAAGUUCACUCGCAGUAUCGACUGGGCAUCAACGCCGCUUGGUUCUAUCGAAAGCUGGUCAUCGGAGUUACGUGCAAUGGCGAAUCUAGUUAUGGCUAGCCCUAAUCCCGCAGCAAUGUACUGGGGUCCAGAAUUUACUACUAUGUACAAUGAGGCAUAUGUUGCAUUGGCAGGUGCAAAACACCCGAAGCUCAUGGGCCAAACUUAUAAAGAUGCUUGGGGUGAGCUCUGGCCCGAUCUGCAACCCGUCCUGGAAAGUGCCUGGAAGUCGGGUCAAGCGACGAUGAAAAACGAUGAUCGGCUUAUUUUACGACGCAAUGGUUUCGAUGAGGAAACGUUCUUUUCAUGGUCCAUUGUGCCUCUUGUCGGUAGCGACGGCUCUGUUGUGGGGUUAUUCAACCCUGCUUUUGAAAAUACUCGACGGAAAGUGGCUGAGAGAAGAAUGAUAACAUUACGCGACGUAGGAGAGAAUACCGCAUUGGCCCGCGACGUCAAGAGCUUUUGGAGCCGGUUUAACGAAGGCCUUAUAUCUAACGAAGAUGACAUACCAUUCAGUCUGGUUUAUUCGGUCACAGAAGAGUCUGAGAGCGAUGUGUCGUCAAUGCAUUCGGGGAGCUGGGUGAACCCUCCUCUAUUGAUGCUGGAGGCUUCUCUGGGGGUGCCCCAAGGCCAUCCUUUACUAAUCGAAUCCCUCAACUUAAGGACGAGCAGCGACGGUUUUGCCCCAUACAUGCGAGAAUCUAUGUCAAACGCGGGACAGCCUGUUGUCUUGUCUGCAGGGGAUGGUACGCUGCCCGAAGGUUUUAUGAACGGGUUGGCCAGGAGAGGCAAGGGUGACGCGUGCAAAUCCAUUGUUAUAUUCCCCGUCCACCCGACUACGGGCAGCGAGAGCGUGGUAGGUUUUAUUGUGAUGGGUGUUAACCCAAGGCGGCCUUACGACGAGGACUAUAAGCUCUUCAUCAAUCUACUAUCUCGGCAACUCGCAACCUCACUAGCGUCCGUCGUCCUGUUUGAAGAAGAGAUACGCCGAGGCCAGAAAGCAGCACAAAUGGCUGCCGCAGAUCGUCAAGAGUUGACCAAGCAGUUACAUCUAAGGACACAAGAAGUAGAAGAAAGCGAAUUAAGAUUUACAAGGAUGGCCGAAUUCGCCCCAGUUGGAAUGUUCAUCGCUGAUCAUUCAGGCCACAUCACUUACUGUAAUGAUAUGUGGUGGGAUAUAUCAAGACAUAAUCGGUCACUGGGCGUAGACUCGUGGAUGGAGAGUGUUAAAGACGAGGACCGACCUGCCCUAGAAAUGAUAUGGCGCUGCCUACUUGCGGACAAAACUGCAAUCACCCACGAAUUCCGGUUUAAAUGUUCCCGUCACGAAGGCGAAACUUUAAUCGAUACCUGGGUCUUGAUGAGUGCAUAUCCGGAAAAGGAUGAAAAUGGUGGUAUCAAGGGAAUAUUCGGGUGUGUUACGAACAUAUCGCAACAAAAAUUGGCUGAACAGAUUCAAAUGCAGCGGCGGGAGGAAGCAGUCGAACUUAAACGACAGCAGGAGAAUUUCAUCGAUAUCACGAGUCACGAGAUGCGUAAUCCCCUCAGUGCGAUACUCCAGUGUGCAGACGAAAUCGCCGGAACCCUGUUAAAUCUUAAGCCGUCUGGGGAAAGCGAGGAGCAAAGCGAAAGCCUCAGACUCGCGAUAGAGGGCUGUAUGGAAGCAGCGAAUACCAUAACACUCUGUGCCAGUCAUCAGAAGCGAAUAGUGGACGACGUACUUACACUUUCCAAGUUGGACUCGCAAUUGCUACUCGUGACUCCUGUCGACGUACAACCUCUGGCUGUCGUGCAACGCGUCCUAAAAAUGUUCGAGAGCGAGCUCAGCACGAACGGUAUCGACCUGAAAUUUCAAGUCAAGAAUCGCUAUAUCGACAUGGGUAUCGAAUGGGUUAAACUUGAUCCUUCGCGGCUUCUCCAAGUACUAAUUAACUUGAUGACCAACGCUAUCAAGUUCACGCAAAGCCGCCCCGCACGAUCGAUCGUAGUGACACUUGAUGCUUCCAGUGAGGUAUCAGAUUCCGGCGUCGAGUACUUCCCAAGCGACCGUGCCGACAAGGACGUGAUUACAGAUCAUGGCGAUUGGGGCAGCGGAGAGAAGAUACAUCUCCAUUUCUCCGUUCAAGAUACGGGCAGAGGCCUAGAUGAACAUGAAAGGAAGCUUCUUUUCCAGCGCUUCUCUCAGGCCACCCCCCGAACUCAUGUCCAAUACGGUGGUUCCGGUUUAGGACUAUUCAUCUCCAGAAUGCUAACCGAGUUACAAGGAGGACAAAUCGGCGUAACCUCCCAGAAGGGCAUUGGCAGUACAUUCUCAUUCUAUAUCCAAAGUAGAAAGACGGUCGGUCCGCCACCUGAUGCACAUGGGCUACCGGCCGCUCCUCCUCUUACACGAGCACCGGGGUCCUCAACGACGAUCGAGACUCGGCACCCCAAAAUGGCCUCUUCCGACAGUCUUGCUCGCACCGCCAAGAACGUUGCUUCUAAACCUCGAUUCUCGGAAGAUGGCCGUCGCUUGUUCGACGUUCUUAUCGUCGAGGACAACCUCGUAAACCAGAAGGUGCUUCAGAGGUCGCUCCGCAAUGUUGGGAACAGCACCAAAGUAGCUAAUCACGGCGGCGAGGCCUUGGAGGUGUUACAGCAGUCACGAUAUUGGACCGGAAAGGAAGAGUCCGGGCACGAUAUAUCGGUCAUCCUGAUGGAUCUUGAGAUGCCGGUAAUGGACGGCAUGACUUGCGCUCGCAAAAUUCGGGAACUCGAAAGAAACGGAACGAUUGUUAGCCAUAUUCCUAUCAUCGCCGUCACAGCGUACGCACGGCCGGAGCAAAUUGAGAACGCCAAGGCCGCAGGAGUUGACGAUGUCAUUUCCAAACCUUUCCGCAUGCCCGAACUCAUACCGAGGAUAGAGCAGUUAGUCGCAAUCCACACGCCGUGUUAUGCCGAAAUCGCGGCAGCAUAAUGAACCCGAACUUCUCCAACCCGAGAAUCGAAUCCCAAACAUAUAAUUAUUCAAAGAUUACCUUCCAAACCGUAACCAUAAUUAUUAGCUUGCAAUUCAUUCUUCGUUUAAUCCCAUCCCGCAAGGCGUUUGGCUCCAUCAAGCCGGGUGGAAGGCUUGUUCUUGUU